CUAGAGACGGUUGACCACCGCUCGCUCUCUCUCUCUCUCUCUCUUUUGUGCGCGCACACCCGGCGCCGCCCCCCGCCCCAGGUUUCUGGCUCUCCACGCACCUCGCGCCAGAUGUGCAUCGGCAGCGCGCGCGCAGGCUGAUGUCGUGCGUGCGGACGCAUGCGCGGUCUUGUGCGUGAGCAAAGCGGGGAGUCGGGUUCAAAGGAGGAAAUAUGGCGGAAAACAAAGGAGGAGGAGGCGGUGGUGGCGGGGAGGGGGCUGGAGAGGCCGGGCCGGGCUGGCCGGCCGGGGGUGCCCCCGAGCCCGCCGCCGCGGCAGCCGUCGCUGUCCCCCCUGCGGUAGUCGCAGUGGCGUCCCCGUCUCCUCCGGUCCCCGCCGCCCCGCCCGAGGAGAGGGAGAGCCCCGCAGCGGCGGCGCUGGCAGCAGCGGCGGACAAGGGCCCAGGGGAGGCGGAGGCCGCGGCUCCGGUGGUGGUGAGCGUAGGCCCGGCCUCCGGUUCCUUGCCGGCGCCGCUGGGCCCCAGCCCCGCGCCCCCCACCUUCCCCAGCGCCGCGCCGGGCCCGCUGUCUCUCCUGGACACCUGCGCAGUGUGCGCGCAGAGCCUGCAGAGCCGGGAGGCCGAGCCGAAGCUGCUGCCUUGCUUGCACUCCUUUUGCCGGCGCUGCCUACCGGAGCCCGAACGCCAGCUCAACGUGCCGGUGCCCGGCGGCGCCAACGGGGACAUCCAGCAGGUUGGUGUGAUUAGAUGUCCAAUCUGUCGUCAGGAAUGCAGGCAAAUAGAUUUGGUAGAUAACUACUUUGUGAAAGACACUUCUGAAGCGCCCAGCAGCUCUGAUGAGAAAUCUGAGCAGGUGUGCACCAGCUGUGAAGAUAAUUCUAGUGCUGUUGGUUUUUGUGUGGAAUGUGGAGAAUGGCUGUGCAAAACGUGCAUAGAAGCUCAUCAACGAGUCAAAUUUACAAAGGAUCAUAUGAUCAGAAAGAAGGAAGAUGUCUCUUCAGAGGCUGUUGGAGCAUCUGGUCAACGUCCUGUUUUCUGUCCUGUCCACAAACAAGAACAGUUAAAACUUUUCUGUGAAACCUGCGACAGACUGACAUGCAGAGACUGCCAGUUACUGGAACACAAAGAACAUAGGUAUCAGUUUUUGGAAGAAGCAUUUCAAAAUCAGAAGGGUGCUAUUGAGAAUCUAUUAGCCAAACUCCUUGAAAAGAAAAACUAUGUUAACUUUGCAGCUACGCAAGUGCAAAAUAGGAUAAAAGAAGUAAAUGAAACUAACAAAAGAGUAGAACAGGAAAUCAAGGUGGCUAUCUUUACCCUCAUUAAUGAAAUCAAUAAAAAGGGGAAGUCUCUCUUACAACAGCUUGAGAGUGUGACCAAGGAGAGACAGAUGAAACUAAUACAACAGCAGAAUGACAUCAGUGGUCUAUCACGACAAGUGAAACAUGUGAUGAAUUUUACUAACUGGGCCAUUGCAAGCGGUAGCAGCACUGCAUUGCUCUAUAGUAAGCGACUGAUCACAUUCCAGCUACGGCAUAUUUUAAAAGCACGGUGUGAUCCUGUCCCAGCUGCUAAUGGAGCAAUACGCUUCCAUUGUGAUCCCACAUUCUGGGCAAAGAAUGUUGUCAACUUAGGUAAUCUUGUUAUUGAAAAUAAGCCAACCCAAGGUUACACUCCUAACGUAGUUGUGGGACAAGUUCCCCCAGGAACAAACCACAUCAACAAACCUCCAGGGCAAAUUAAUCUUGCACAGCUUCGGCUUCAGCAUAUGCAGCAGCAGGUGUAUGCACAAAAACACCAGCAGUUACAACAGAUGAGGAUGGGGCAGCCUGCAGGGCAGAUGCCUCGCCAGGCAGGCCCACAGAUGCUACAGCAACAGCCUCCAAGAUUGAUAAGUAUGCAGACCAUGCAGAGGGGUAUGAAUUGCGGUCCUUUCCAAGCCCACCAGAUGAGAAUGGCUCAGAACGCUGCUCGUCUCCCAGGGAUACCACGCCACAACGGGCCACAGUACUCCAUGAUGCAGCCACACUUACAAAGACAAGUAUAUGCUCAUUCAAACCCAGGACAUGCAGGCCCCUUCCCAGUAGUUUCUGUGCACAAUAAUACUAUCAAUCCAACAAGCCCUACGACAGCUACCAUGGCCAAUGCUAACCGUGGCCCAACAAGCCCAUCUGUAGCAGCAAUAGAGCUUAUUCCCUCAGUUACAAACCCAGAAAAUCUACCUUCCUUGCCGGAUAUCCCUCCUAUACAGCUGGAAGAUGCUGGUUCCAGUAACUUAGAUAAUUUACUAAGUAGAUAUAUCGCAGGCAGCCACCUACCCCCUCAGCCUAUAAGCAGCAUGAAUCCUUCCCCUGGGCCCUCUGCACUAUCUCCAGGCUCAUCAGGUUUAUCGAAUUCUCACACCCCAGUAAGACCACCCAGUACUUCCAGCACAGGCAGCAGAGGCAGCUGUGGUUCAUCAGGCAGAACUGUUGAGAAGAACAAUAUUAGUUUCAAGACUGACCAUAUAAAGGUUAAGCAGGAACCAGGUACAGAAGAAGAGGUUUGCAGUUUCUCAGGACCAGUGAAGCAAGAAAAAACAGAAGAUGGCAGGAGGAGUGCCUGCAUGCUUAGCAGUCCUGAGAGCAGCUUGACGCCGCCUCUUUCUACGAAUUUGCAUCUGGAAAGUGAACUAGAAGCACUGGGAAGUAUUGAAAACCAUGUUAAAACUGAACCAGCAGACUUAAGUGAAAGCUGUAAACAGUCUGGACACAAUCUUGUAAAUGGCAAAUCCCCAGUGCGUAGCCUUAUGCACCGGUCAGCUAGGACUGGAGGAGAAGGCAACAACAAAGAUGAUGAUCCAAAUGAAGACUGGUGUGCUGUGUGCCAAAAUGGAGGAGAUCUCUUAUGUUGUGAAAAGUGCCCAAAAGUUUUCCACCUCACAUGUCACGUACCUACUCUCCUCAGCUUUCCAAGUGGAGAGUGGAUAUGUACAUUUUGCCGCGAUCUUAGCAAACCUGAAGUAGAAUAUGAUUGUGACAACUUGCAGCAUAGUAAGAAGGGGAAAACUGCACAAGGUUUGAGUCCCGUGGACCAAAGGAAAUGUGAGCGCCUCUUACUUUACCUGUAUUGUCAUGAGCUGAGCAUUGAAUUCCAGGAACCAGUCCCAGCCUCGAUACCAAACUACUAUAAAAUAAUAAAGAAACCAAUGGAUUUAUCUACGGUAAAGAAGAAGCUGCAAAAGAAACAUUCCCAGCACUACCAGACACCUGAAGAUUUUGUGGCAGAUGUUCGGCUAAUCUUCAAGAACUGUGAAAGGUUUAAUGAAAUGAUGAAAGUUGUUCAAGUUUAUGCAGAAACACAAGAGAUUAAUUUGAAGGCUGAUUCAGAAGUAGCACAGGCAGGGAAGGCAGUUGCAUUAUACUUUGAAGAUAAACUUACAGAGAUCUACCCAGACAGGACCUUCCAGCCUUUACCUGAAUUUGAGCAAGAAGAGGAUGAUGCUGAUAUAACAGAUGACUCCGAUGAAGAUUUUAUACAGCCACGUAGAAAACGGCUAAAAUCAGACGAGAGACCAGUGCAUAUAAAGUAACCUGAUUAAAACGGACCUAAACUAUUGUAAAAAGAAAAAAAUACAUAUUUAAGUGUUCCUGGAAUAUUAUCAUGCCUCAGUGGCCAUCUUGAUGAAGCUGAUAGUGUUCAGACAGUAUUAGAUUACAAAAGCAUUUGUACAGAAACAUCCUUGUCAAAAAGGGGAAAAAAGCUUUCAACUUCUGUUUUGGUGUUUUCUUUUUUAGUGCUUUUGAUUUCCCUUUUCCUUUUUCUUUGACAAUACUCCCUCAUUUCUCAGUUACGGAAGUGUGGGAUGAAUGUUGAUAAAGAGGGUUUUAUGUGAUGACAUUUGUACAAACAGCGAACUCUUGUCACUACUUAACAAUUUCUGCAAGACUGGACCAAGGCAGUCAUGUUUUGCUUUCAUAUUGGGCUGCAGUCUAAACUGUACGAAAACUUCCUCAAGAUCCUCUUCAUGCAAGUGUGAAUUGGAUUGUUUUUAGUCAUCGUCUCAUCUAAAUACCAUUGCAAGUACCAUAUUCUUUGUUGGGUCAUAUAGCUAGGUUCUGCUUUCUUUACUGACCUUGUAUAGAAAUAUUGUAACUUGAUUAUUAAACCAUUUUGAAUUGGAGAAUGCAGGAGUGCAAAUUCUUCAUGUGUGCUGCAUUAAAUCUGGUUGUGAUUAAUGCUUUUCAGUAGGAUUCAUGGUGUUAAGUGGAAGCCCUAUGCGCAGAACACUUAGUGAGUUUCCUCUUAGAAUUCUAUUUUUUCUCCCCUUAAGAGGCAGGAUGUUGGCUGCAAUACUGGUUUAUAGUUUUUACUACUUUAAAAAUUAGACUAUGAAGGUAAUAACUGGUGACUAUCCAGUCUUCCCUAAUAACCGUUUCUGAUAGAUCACUAUCAGCAAACAAUAACUUUGUCAACUACCAAAUGUGUAAUAUUUUCUGUAUUCACUCUGUCUUAUUUGUAAAUAGUGGUACUGUAAAUCCUCUCAGACAGCAACAUUUGCUGGGCUGUUUUUAACCUAAUAUGUAUUCUUACUAAUGUUCCUAAUCAAGAACAGAUUUGUAAUAUGUUGUCUAUUUCUAAAACUACGUUCAUAGUUUGAGGUUCUAUAUUGUUUUGUUAGAGCUACUCAGAGUUUUCUUCAGAAGCAGCUUAAAUGAAAAGGGUGGGGGGUGGGGGGGAGAGAAAUCUCAUUGAGACUAAGUUAUUUGUCCAUCCUUAAAACAGAACACUUGCAUGGACCAGUGUAUUGGACAAGUGAUUUGGGGGUAGAUAUUGAAAUGGGCCUGCCCCUGCCCCUACUGAGACAAUGUGCAUGUAAGCAAGCUCUGCAAUUCUGCCUCUGGCAGUGUUGAAGGCAGAAAUAUCCCUAAAUCAUUGUAAUUUAGCUUUGAACAGGUAAAAUUCCUCAUAUGCUUGGCAUGGUCUGUACUGAACAGCAUCACAGAAUAAAGCCCUUGUACAGAAUAUUUUUAUGUUGCGGACCACACUGAGGUGACCAAAAUGUAAAUUUUGCUGUGAUACUGGAUUUGGGGUGGCAAAUUGCUAACUUUUUAACAUUCACAAUGAAUUAAUUCAUCAUGACCAAUAAUUCAUAGCAUAUACAAAUGUAAUUGAUCUAUACAGUAGAGAUGAAUAGUUUUUAUUGCACAAUGUAUUGACUCAGUUAUGCUCUAGAAAAGUUUAAUACCAAUGUCUCUCUUCAUUUUUCCUAUGCAGACAAAUACAAAGUGCAGACACUAUGUAACUAAUUCUAUGAUGUGAAAAGCAGUUAACAAUGUGUUUGGCUCUGAGUCAUAUUCUUAGGUCAUCUUUAACACUGCAUUUAAAGCAGAAGAAUCCACCAGAAUUUUGGGAUUUAUACAGUGUCUUCAAAAGGUUUUUGUCUUGCUGAGGAAGUAAUUCUCAACCAUAUGUAUUUGAAUAUAGUGGUUAGUUGCCCUUUUUAAUGGCCUAGUCAGUCAUUACUUUCCCUGACAGAAAGUCAGUGCAGUUAGGAGUGGAAGAAAGUCUGAAUAUAAUGCCUGCACGGCCAUCUUCACUGCCAUCUUUAGAAGGCAACAUUCAAACUGGGCUGCAUAAUAUUUUAUAUGUGGAAUCUCCUGACCCCACAACUGCAACCACCAAUCCAGGGAUGGGAUCACAGAGCUAGGCAGUCUUCCUCAGUACAGCCCAAUCUGAAUGUUACUUUUGGUUAGUUCAGUAAAAGGGAAGGCAUCUGUGAACUGUUUCCCUUUGUGAAUGUGUCGACUUUUACCGGCUCCUACGAAAUCUGUUGUGCACUUAUUGCCAUGCUUAGGAAACGACUGAAUUGGUACAAGAGAACAAAACAAAAAUGCAUAACUUCUUUUGGCAAGAGCUUAAUAUAAUUGUACAUCAUAUUUUCUAGUCUUUGUUAAUUUGUAAUGGGAUAGGCAACAUGGAACUGAUUCCAGUUUCCUUGUUGCCUAGAAAUUUUGUUUUCUAUAAUUUUAAUGUUUUAGAAGCUGAUCUUGCAUAUUGCCUGAAAGCUGCAAUCUUGUCAACAUUCAUUUUAAAUUAUCCCCUCAGUCUCUCAGUUCUAUUAGCCUAACUCCAGCUUUUAAUGCUACAUACAAAAGUAAGACUUUCUCUUCUGAGGAAUUUUACUAAAUCUUAAAAUCUGCAGGAUUCUGCUCUGCAAGCUACUAUUGGCAUUUGGCCACCAUUUGAUUUAUGUGGCCUUGUAACUUUGCAGAGUUCAAUACAAGAUAAAAUUGUAGUGUUCUCAUAUUGUAAGGAUGCUUUUAUUUUGUACAAAAGAAUAAAUAAAUAGCCUUCUUGAAAAUUAUUUUUUGUUGCUCUUUCCAUCUAGUACUUGAAAGGUAGCAGAUAAUUGAACAAUUCUACACAAUUAACAGAUUCUGGCCCUGAAGGAUAUUUGAACUAGAUUAACAUGCUUCUUGGAUAUUCUUUAGAACUGAUACAUUUUUGUAAAGUUGAGGAGGGUAAUUCAACCAAAGUAACUUUUCUGCCAUCUUGUAUGUGUUACUCAAUGGCAGCUCAACACAUUUUGUGUGUUGAAUGUGCAGUCAAGAGCAGCCUCCAUUUGGCAGUUCAUGGAAGUUUGUGCAAUAAUUGUGCUAUAUUGGGAUUGAGAACUCAUCUUAUGCCAGAUAUCAGGUUUGUAGCAGAUAGUGGAGCUUCCCUUGCAUGUGGUUAUGGAUUUACCUGUGCUGGAUAAUUACAAUGUAACUUAUGUAUAAUGUGGUCCCAAGAUAUUCUGUCACUUAAUUUGACUCUUAAGCUUGAUUUUAAAUGUUCUUUGGGGGUGGGGAUCAGAUCUCUCUUCUUAGUUGUAUAUGUUCCGAAAGUUUAAGUUAAUCCAAAGAAGAAAAAGGCAAUUUGCUUUUAAACAGGAAGAACGUCAAGUGUACAGCGUGCUGACUGUGGACUUCUCAAUUACCUCAGCAGGUCCCCUGCCAUGUAAUUACUAGUGAUUAGUGUUAGUUUAAUCAGCUAAGUAUGUUCAGGUCUUACUUAACUGUGCCCUGAAAUUAAGUGUCCUACCAUAUACUAUUAAGGCUGAGUUACUAUCCAAAAAAGGGUGUUUUCCCCCUAGCUUUUAAAGUAGAAAUGCUGUUAAAUGUAGAUAGCCUUUUUUCUUGUGAAAAGAUUUCCAUUAACACUAUUGGUGUGGCAUUGACUGUCAACAUACUCGGCACUGGAUAGAUAAAUGGAAUGUUUUAUAAACAUUUCUGCAAGCCACUGCAACCAACACAUUUUUUAAAUGAUCACCCCAAUUUGCCAUUUUGUUGUAUAACCUAGUUUAUUAGCCAGUCCUAUUUAAGUGUAGGUAAUGGCAACAGUAUGUUGAAGUUGAGUGUGUAAUGUACUGGAUGUAGGCUUCUUUUUCCUCCUCUUCCUUGGAAAAAGCAAUAAAACUGCUUUGUCUGUUGCCUGUUAGCAUGGCAGGAAUCCUUUCCUUUGGAUAGUGGUUUUAUAGGAAAGUUUGUAUGUGUAUCACCCAAGUCUAGCUUUUAAAAAAUAAAAAUAAAGUGUGCAGUUAUAGUGUGGCAUUUUAUUUUAAAAAUUGGGGAAAGUUAACAUAUUUUUUUAAAAAGUAGGUGUUUGAGUAAAUAAUGGAGGUACUUUUUUAAAAACUUUAUAUGCCACAAUUUACAUAGACAUAUUUCAGACCAAUGCAUAAGACUUGUGAUUUCAGAUAUGGCCGCCACUUUUCCUUCUCAAAGUUGAACAUGCAGUGAUUCCAUCCAUCAUACUGUUUGUGUUUGCCUACUUGGUUCCUCUCUAUUUUUUUUAAAUGUUUGGAUCAGUUUUGAAAAACGGCGAUUGAUUUGUUUCUUAAUUUAGAAGCUGAGUUAACAACAAAAUACAGUUUGCCCCUUUCUAUUCAAGUGCUUUUUAAAGCUGAGGAGCUGCUGCUUUCAUUUAACUUGAAUUGUCUUUGUACAAAGAAAUGCAAAGAAUUUUAUAGAUCUCUCUCUUUUUUGUUGUUGUUUCGGCAUUCCCCCUUAGUGUUAACAUAAAUUUCAAAAUGGAAGGUAAUGCAUGUUUAAGGCUUGCAGACGUGGGCAUUUUUUCAGUUCAAAAUGCCAUUAAAAUGUAUAUAACAGGUCUAUAAAGAUUUGUGCAAUUGAAAGCCUGUUUUAAUUUUAUAUGUAAACAUACAAAUCAAAGGGUUCAAUUCCAAGCAUUCUUAAUUUCUGGUAAUUAAAACUGGUACUUUUUGCACAUAGUUAACUUUACUGAUUCUUCAAAAAAAAAGAGUGCUGUUUCUGUGGUAUUGUAUUCUCUGAAUAAUAUUUAAUUUUUUUAACAAGUUAACGUUUCUAAUUGUUCAGUUCCUGUGUUUUUUGGCUGGUGUGUAAUAAAGGCAUUUUUUCCUUUACAUUAUUAUUUAAUACAUUUAGCAGCCUGUAAAUAUUUCUUGUUAAAUGCUCUGGAAUGUGGUGUAGCAGUUGUACUAGAACAGUUUUAAAAAACAUUGUUUGAAAACCACUUUGUUUUGGUUAUUUCUAUUAAAUUAGAAAAGGAAGAA